AACGGAUAUCCUGCAAGGUUCGUACUCAAGAGUAUGGAAGCCGUUAAGCCCAAACCUACACAACGUUCUGUUAAGAAGAAACCCGUAUACAUGAGGCUUCCAUUCAAAGGAACUGUUGAUACGACAUACUUGGCCGCUAAUGAGCUUCAACUCCAGCCCCCUAUCAAAUUCCGCUUGAAGGACAAAUUGUCACGUUCUACCACCAGUCUUUGUGUGUACUCAAUUGUAUGCUCGUGCCGAGCAUCAUACGUUGGUCUUACGACAAGGCAUUUGUCGGACAGAAUGCGAGAACACAAUCCCGUGCCUCUGAGAGAUAGUGGAAAGAAACCAGACUCAAGCGCAAUUGCAUCACAUUUGGUCGAAACCAGUCAUGUCAUAGACAAGGAGCAAGCCUUCACCAUCAUAUACCGGGUACUUCUAAACCGAUCACGACUGAUAGAAAUGUUCUCACCUCGGAAAUUGAUUCGGGUUUUUCUUAGUGGCUCCAUCAUGGCUCGAAUCAUUGAGGAGAAGUCCAGGCAACGCACAACAUCCACAGGAAGCUUAGACGGGAUGGUCAUCACACGAGAGAACGAACUUGUUGCCUUAUCUUCACCAGACGCCUAUGAAACCGUCAUGGCUGCUGUGGCGGCCUACGCUGCCGCCCAACAACAGCAGCAGCAACAACCCCAGGGUGAAACACAACCUACAGAAAUCAAUCCAACGUCUACCAGCGCGCCGACCCAUGAUACCGAGAAGCGUCUAUCAUGUGCACACGCUCUAGCAUCUCGCGGACAGUCUAAUCUCCAAACACUGGAGGAAGAAGGUUCCCUGAAUCCGAAUGAAAUUCAGGGGCAUAAGUGCGCUAAUGCGCCGUGUCUCGCUGUGUUGCCACCCCCGGUGAAGUUCAGUCGGGGUGCAGUCCAUCGAAUCGCUUGUGCCAUCGUGCGCAAGCUUCAGGCUGCCCAUGCCCUUCCUUGGUCCAUGUCACUCGCUGCUGACUCAAUUCGCUCACGUCAUACAUCGACUCGGUCCCAGUUUGGCGGUGCAAAUCGUAUCGAAUCGUGGUGCGCAUUCGACGCCGGUCGUUUUCCCCGUAGUGAACGCGACUCACUCAAUUACAAUGUUCCCGAAACCGAUGCGCGUUCUCUCAGUACACAGUAUUUCCCAAAACCCGUCAGUCUAAACGUCUCUAUGGCAUUUAACGUUCAAGAUUCUUCCCAGCGUCCGUUGCGUUCCUCGGACUCAAACAUGACCUCAACAGGCUUCGGCCGAUCGAUUGAACAAACCCCUGACGAUGAUCGAUUGGUUCCUUCCGUGCUAGUUGGACCGUCCCAGCAGACUUCGUUGCUCACAUCAAUGAUCAGUUUGGACUCUCAAACCAAUCUGUUAAUCGCCCGAGAACUUCGCGGUCUCCCAUUGGACAAUUCAACCAAAGAUUCCAUACUGGCUGCACUCCGCGCUGAACUCAGUCGACCAAAGUAUCGUUCGGAUUUGUUCCAUGCGGUUGGUGGUUACCGACUCUGCACCACAGACUGUGUGACUUCGCCAUAUUCUGCUAGAAACGUGGACCUUACGGAAACUGCACCUGUGGGUUCUCCGGUUAUUGUCACAGGUAAUGAGUUCGCACAGAUUACGCGUGAGCCUCGGAGAAAACUUCAAACAGCAUCAAAUAACGGGCUUUCGACAAACCCACAGUGUGUGAUUGCUGUGCGGCAAAGUGCGAAUUGUCAUCCUGCGGAUACUGAGGAUAAGCUUGGCGAAGUGAUGAGCUAUCUGCGUGAUAUGCUGAAUGUACAGUUUUUAUCGAAUGUAACAUUCCUAAUUUUGCUGCUGGCCUGUUCUCUGAAUAUGUUGGUUCUCCUGGUUCCGUUCUAUUAUUUGCCACUACUGCUGAGCAGCAAUCAAGGUCGAUGUGAUGACAGUAGGUCAUGUUCACCUCCAGGAGUUUUAUCCCACCCGAUAAGUCCUCUUGCUGACGACUCAGCGCCUUCACUCACCCAAGCGUCACCCAUCCCGAGCCCUCAAUCAGUCAUGCUUUCUAUCGGAUUGGCCAGUGUAGUUGGGCGCAUGCUUGCAGCUGUCUACAUAGAAAAAGGAGUCAACACUGGUCGUCAACUGUUCAAACGUUGCCGCUCUCUGAACGACCCAAUUAUGGUGAACAAUGUGUCUCUUAUUCUGUGUGGCUUAUCGCUUGCGUAUUUCCCAUGUGCUGUUCGUGGUAUUGCUUCGCUUCAGUAUGAGCCACAGAACACGGAGCUGGAAGCCGCUGAUGUCAUCUUACUAAGUGAACGCGCGGGAAAUUUUCGGUUGAUGUUGUUCCACAUUGCAGCGGUCAUAUAUGGAAUUACCAACGGUAUAUUCUUGUCACUACGUAGCCUGAUAUUGGUCGAUUUGUUUGGCAUCGGUCGGCUUACAAACGCGUUUGGCUAUCUGCUCAUCUUCCAAGGUCUAGCGAUCAUUUGUGGCCCACCACUGUUCGGUUACUUCUGUGAUUCUGCUUGCCAACGUCAUUUGAACAGCAAAGCGCCAGCACAAUCUACCGCAGAUGUCUCAAUGUGUGCCAAUCGUCUGUCGGUCAUUUUCUACCUAUGUGCUGCCACGUUCGUGCUUACCAGUCUCUUGUUUUUACCACUUCGGUGGCUGGCUCGCCACAACCUAUGCUGCCGCCUGGUCGCGACUCGCGGCGUCCCAGCGAAUAGUCAACAGACUGCCGACCAGGGUUACGCCCUGGAGUCUGCUGACUUGAACCCUCGGACAAUGUGCUACGAUCCACAGGAUACGCAAACGACGCACGUUUUUCCUGGGCUGGACGAGACGAAAGCUGUGCCCUGAAUGACCCCUACCCUUACGAUAUAUGGAAGAUACUCGUUUCCUUGGCCCUCAAUACAGUUUUUCAAAACCUGGCUGUCAUUUUCAUCCUAAUAUGCCAGAAUUCAUCAAGCACCGUUUUACCUGGUGGUCAGCCUUCCAUCGUUUUAUCACAACUUCCCAGAUUCACUGCAUUUCAUUCAUUCAUUCAAAUGUAACUUGUAUAUGAUCA